UUUUCUCCACGUUACAGAGUUUCUCAUGGAGCAGUUAGAGGAUAAAAAUGCGACCACACAAAACGAGGUCUUGGAGCGCAUUACGGAUUAUUGUGGCAAGCCGGUUACGGAUUACACAAAAGACGACUACGAAAUACCCUAUACGUGGACAUUCUAUCACGCCUUCUUCUUUUCGUUUACCGUCUGCUCAACGGUGGGCUAUGGCAAUAUAUCGCCGACAACAUUCGCGGGUCGCAUGAUCAUGAUCGUCUAUUCGGUGAUCGGGAUACCGGUGAAUGGAAUACUCUUUGCCGGAUUGGGCGAGUACUUCGGACGCACGUUUGAGGCCAUCUAUAGACGAUAUAAGAAGUACAAAAUGUCCUCGGAUGAUCAUUAUGUGCCACCGCAGCUGGGAUUGAUAACCACGGUGUUCAUAGCCCUAGUACCAGGUAUAGCCCUGUUCCUAUUACUACCCGCAUGGGUGUUUACGUACUUCGAGAGCUGGCCCUAUUCGAUUUCACUGUACUACAGUUAUGUGACGACGUCGACAAUUGGCUUUGGCGAUUACGUGCCCACAUUUGGAGCCAACCAGCCACGCGAAUUCGGCGGCUGGUUCGUGGUGUAUCAAAUCUUUGUGAUCGUCUGGUUUAUAUUCUCCUUGGGAUACCUGGUCAUGAUAAUGACGUUUAUAACGCGAGGGCUGCAGAGCAAGAAGCUGGCCUACUUGGAGCAGCAGCUCUCAUCGAAUCUGAAGGCGACACAGAAUCGUAUAUGGACGGGUGUUACCAAGGAUGUGGGCUAUUUACGACGUCUGCUCAACGAGCUAUAUAUACUGAAAGUCAAGCCCGUUUACACCGAUACAGAAUUUGCAUAUACAGUGCCUCGGUCCGCCUCCUGCCCGGAGCUCAGCAUGUACCGUGUGGAGCCAGCACCGAUACCGAGUCGGAAGCGCGCCUUUUCCGUGUGCGCCGAACUGGCCUCCCAGGAUCCCACUGUUAUGGUGCAUGCCAAUUCGGAUACGGAGAUAAGCAAAUUCGAUCGGGAGAAGACCUUCGAGACGGCCGAGGCUUAUCGCCAGACAACAGACCUGCUGGCCAAGGUGGUGACGGCGUUGGCCACGGUGCAGCCGCCGCCACCGGAGGCUGAUGAUGCGGCCAUGUAUGGUGGCUACCAUGGAUUCUCUGACUCGCAGAUCUUGGCCAGCGAGUGGUCCUUCUCGACACUCAACGAAUUAUCGGCGCCACGUCGUCCGCGUGGUCGUGCCUGCUCCGACUUCAAUAUUGAGCCACCACGUCGACCCCUCCGAGCGCCGCACAAUCACAACGAAUGGACCUGGAGCGGCGACAACCAGCAGAUCCAAGAGGCCUUCAACAGCCGCUACAAGAGCCAGCUCAAUGGUGCCGCCAGCGAUCCGCAUGUGGUGCAUCUCGAGGAGCCGGACAACAGCGAUGAGCAGCUCAAGAAGAAUGGAGCAGUGGCUGGCGCUGGUCGGGUCAAGAAGUUCUCCAUGCCGGACGGCCUGCGCAAGCUCUUCCAUCGCAAGCGACCCUCGCAGGAUCUGGAGCGCAAGCUGUCCGUGGUCUCUGUACCAGAGGGCAUCACGUCGCUGCCCACGCGCUCCCCGCUGGACUUCUACAACAAUACGGUUACGGCAAGCGCCAGCCAAUCCUAUUUGCGCAAUGGCCGCGGUCCGCCACCACCCUUUGAAUCGACCACCAGCCUCGCCUCCAGCAAUGGCAAUGCAGGCAUCAGCAAUCCGGCCUUCCAUCUGGAUGACUCCGACCAGGCGACCUUCGGCUCGACGGGCCCCUAUCAACGCAAGUCUGCUGCUGGCGUGGCGGCCGGCAGGCGACGCCGCGAGUCCAUCUACACCCAAAAUCCAGCUCUCUCCGCUCGACGCGGCAGCAUGUACACGCCCACAGCAACAGCAACUGCACUCCAGAUGCAGCGCCGCGGCUCCGGCUCGGCGGCUAUGGCAGCUGUUGCGGCCCGGCGUGGCAGCCUGUUCCCGGCCACGGGCGGAAUGACGAGCAACGCAACGCCGCGGCGCUCCAGCAUCUUCUCGGUGACCUCGGACAAGGACAUGGAUGUGCUGGAGCAGACCACCAUAGCGGAUCUGAUACGCGCGCUCGAGGUGGUGCACACGCAUGCCGUGCUCGAUGAGCAUCAGAAGGAGCAACAGCAGGCGGCGGCGGCUGGCGGCUCCAGCUCCAGCUCCAAGUUGACCAAGAAGCAACGUAAGCUGGGCAAUGCCGGCCUCGAUCCGCCCCAGCUGCCGCCCAUCCUGUCCUUGUUUGCGGGUGACCAGACGCGCACGCUGCAGGCAACGGCGGCCAAUCGUUUGUACGCCCGACGCUCCACCAUUGUGGGCACCAUGUCUCCCGGCGGCAGCAGCGGCCUGGCCACCCGUCGUCCAUCCGGCAUACACAACUUGGAGCCGCCACCCAGCUACACCGAGAAACCGCUGCCACCAUCGACCUCCACGCCUACUGGCCAGUCCAAGUUCAGGCGGCGCUUCAGUGUGCGUCCGACAGCUCUGCAGAUCCCACCUGGUCAGGCGCCGCCACCAGGUGCCAGCCUCAGCGAGGAGCCCAGCCCGUUGACCAGUUCCCAGACUGCGCUGCAGCGGCGCCUCUCGCUGCGACCAUCGCCUCUGGCACGCGAACUCUCGCCCACAUCGCCCACAGGGGCUGCCGGCAAUGCUGGCCAGGAUGAGCCGGGCACCUCAACGUCGCGCCUGUUGCCCUCGUCGCUAAUGCGCCCCAGCACGAGCAGCACGCAUUCCCCAUUGUCGCGCAUUGUGCAAAUAUCGCAGGCGCAGCGCAAGAGCAGCAUGCCCGAAGGAUUCGCCACGCGCAAGCCAGGCGCCGGAAGCGCAAGUGGGCCAGGCAGCGGAACCGGAAGCGGAAAUGCUGGCGAAAAGUAGAUAAUCGUCUCUCAAAUGUGUUUUCUAGUUUGUAGUUAAUUUAAUCAUUGUGGCCAACAAUUUAUGUCUGUAAUCAAGAAAAAACUAUUUACAUUCCCUAUAUGCAUAUAAACAUAUAUAUCCACAUACCUAUAUAUACUAUAUAUAUACAUAUGUAUGUAUACUAUUUAAUUAUACGAAAUGUUAGUUGUCUAGUUCGUAAGUCCUCGCCAAAUCGCCUUAAACAUUUUGUAGAAUUAACUUAUAGAAUUGUUGCUUAAGAAUUGUUAAUUAGCGAGCAUGAACAAAAAAAAAAGGAAAUAAAUAAAUAAUAUAUGUAUAUGUAUGCA